AUUCUUGCUUCUCCUCUGCAGAGAUCUCUCUCUCUGACAUCAACGUCACUUUCGCAACCGAUCCCUUCUCUGCAUUCAUUCUUCAACCCAAAGCCCUAAUUCCCAAUAACGCUCUCGCCUUUUUUCCAUUCUCCGGCGCUCUCUACCGAUUUCUGCGUUCGUUGGUUGCGCUGCGGGGGAGGAGUUCCACUCUUUGCUGUAUGUCAGUAGAUUGCGACACGGAUUUCGGCGAGCUUUCGAAUCAGUUACAAUGGCCACAGCUGCGAAAAAGGCGACGUUUCCUUCUCAGAAGACGGAUGCCUGUUGCGCCGCCGGCGAUUCGUCCGCCGUAGUCCGCCGUCACUCUGCGUCGGCGUCGGCGUCGGCACCUGUUGCUGCUGGUUGGAGUGCGGAGGAUAAGCCGAGGAAGAAAGCUUCUGCUUCUGCUCCUGCUACUGGUUCUGCUGCUGCCAUGGCGCCAUUGGUUACGCCGGAAACUCCUUCCAAAGCUUCUGCUAAAGGGCUCCAGGUGAUGACAAGGCCUCAAACCAAACACCCUUUGGAUCCAUUAUCUGCUGUGGAAAUAUCUGUUGCAAUAGCAACUGUCAGAGCAGCUGGAGCCACACCUGAGGUGAGAGAUAGCAUGAGAUUUACUGAAGUUGUUCUGUUGGAACCAGAGAAACAUGUAGUGGCGCUGGCCGAUGCUUAUUUCUUUCCCCCUUUUCAGCCAUCCCUGUUAACUAGAACAAAAGGGGGACCAGCAAUUCCGAGUAAGCUUCCGCCAAGGCAGGCCAGAUUGAUUGUCUACAACAAGAAGUCGAACGAGACCAGUGUGUGGGUUGUUGAGUUAACAGAAGUGCAUGCUACAACUAGAGGUGGACAUCAUCGAGGAAAAGUCAUUUCCACUGCAGUUGUCCCUGAUGUUCAGCCUCCUAUGGAUGCCGUAGAAUAUGCUGAAUGUGAAGCUGUUGUGAAGGAUUACCCGCCAUUUAUUGAGGCAAUGAAGAAGCGGGGCAUUGAUGAUAUGGAUCUUGUCAUGGUUGAUCCUUGGUGUGUUGGCUAUCAUAGUGAAGCUGAUGCUCCAAGUCGAAGGCUUGCAAAGCCACUUAUAUUUUGCCGGACAGAGAGUGACUGCCCACUGGAAAAUGGUUAUGCGCGGCCUGUUGAAGGAAUUCAUGUGCUUGUUGAUAUGCAAAACAUGGUAGUAAUAGAGUUUGAGGAUCGAAAACUUGUCCCUUUGCCUCCAGCCGAUCCCUUGAGAAACUACACUCCUGGUGAAACAAGGGGUGGGGUGGAUAGAAGUGACGUGAAACCCCUUCAAAUUGUUCAACCCGAAGGUCCUAGUUUUCGAAUCAAUGGUCACUAUGUUGAGUGGCAGAAGUGGAACUUUCGUAUUGGUUUCACUCCAAGGGAAGGUUUAGUCAUUCAUUCAGUUGCAUAUGUCGAUGGAAGUCGGGGUAGAAGACCCAUAGCCCAUAGGUUGAGUUUUGUGGAAAUGGUCGUGCCUUAUGGGGACCCUAAUGAUCCACAUUACCGGAAAAAUGCAUUUGAUGCUGGUGAGGAUGGACUGGGGAGGAAUGCUCAUUCUCUGAAGAAGGGAUGUGAUUGUUUGGGGUAUAUAAAGUAUUUCGAUGCUCAUUUCACAAAUUUUACGGGCGGAGUUGAGACAAUUGAGAACUGUGUAUGCUUACAUGAAGAAGAUCAUGGGAUCCUAUGGAAGCAUCAAGAUUGGAGAACUGGUAUUGCAGAAGUUCGAAGAUCAAGACGCCUUACUGUUUCGUUUAUUUGCACUGUGGCAAACUAUGAAUAUGGGUUUUACUGGCACUUUUAUCAGGAUGGGAAAAUCGAAGCAGAAGUGAAGCUUACUGGAAUUCUUAGUUUAGGGGCUCUGCAACCUGGAGAAGUUAGAAAGUAUGGUGCUACAAUUGCUCCAGGGUUGUAUGCCCCAGUUCAUCAACACUUUUUUGUCGCACGUAUGGAUAUGGCUGUUGACUCUAAGCCUGGAGAAGCACACAAUCAGGUUGUUGAAGUGAAUGUCAGGGUUGAAGAACCUGGAAAUGAAAAUGUGCAUAAUAAUGCAUUCUAUGCUGAGGAAACUUUACUUAGAUCUGAAUUAGAAGCUAUGCGUGAUUGUGAUCCAUUAUCUGCUCGGCAUUGGAUUGUAAGGAAUACAAGAACUGUCAAUCGGAGUGGACAGCCGACAGGCUACAAAUUGGUUCCUGGUUCAAAUUGUUUGCCGUUGGCGGGUCCUGAGGCUAAGUUCCUGAGAAGAGCUGCAUUUCUGAAGCACAAUCUAUGGGUUACACAAUAUGCACGUGGUGAGGAUUUUCCUGGAGGAGAGUUUCCAAAUCAGAACCCACGUGUCGGGGAGGGAUUAGUUUCUUGGGUGAAGGGAAAUCGAUCUCUGGAAGAAACUGAUGUCGUUCUCUGGUAUGUUUUUGGAAUCACGCACGUUCCUCGCUUGGAAGAUUGGCCUGUUAUGCCUGUCGAACACAUAGGUUUUGUGCUUCAGCCUCAUGGAUUCUUCAACUGCUCUCCUGCUGUGGACGUGCCGCCAAAUCCUUGUGAGAUGGAUGCAAAGGAGAAUGAUGUGAAAGACAACGUCGUUGCUAAACCAAGCCCGUCUGGCUUAAUCGCCAAGCUCUAAAAUGGUAUUAAUAUGUUGCACUUGCUGUUACCUAUCUGCUACACUAUCUAGAAUUCUGGAUUGCCGUAAUUCCUGUCCAUUGUAUUUAAAUCGUGCUUAUGUUGUCUGUUAAUGGAUAUGUCCUUUUCAUGCUGGAGCCUGUCAUUUACAUCUUUAAGACUAUCGAUUUCGCUACACAUUUCUUAAAUAUUCCCCAUCCUUUUGAGGCUCUUCGUGCACUUAAAAGGAUCAUGUAAUAUCAACACCGGUCAAGGUUCUACCAACAAAACUUUUCGAACUAUCUUUACUACCUGGUUUCCAUACAUUGCAUGACUCUCAUCUAGUUGAGGGAAAUCCCCACAUACCUUUAUCUUUGCUUUUAUGUGUCGUCAUUUUGGUCCCCCAUUCGUAUACUGUGUUAUUUCCCGCUCGUUUCUGUGAACAAUGGCCAUGUUUUGAACUUAGCGUCAUGCUUUGGUCCAAUUUAGACACACGAACCUUAUCCUUUUCCAGAUUAUAAUGAAAAAUUUCGGGUACUCCAUUUACAGUGAUUAAGGU